AUGGCGGAAUCGACGCCCCUGUUGGACAAGAAGAGGGAAACUCCCCUGCCUACCUUUACCUUUGCUAAGGAUACCCCGCACGGCAAACGCCCCCAAGCCAUCGCCCAUCGAGGCUACAAAGCUACGCACCCGGAAAACACCAUGGGCGCGUUCAAAGCAGCAGUUGAUCUUGGCGUCGAUGCUCUCGAGGUCGAUCUCCACAUGUCCAAGGACGGUGUGGUGGUUCUUUCCCAUGACCCUACUCUCAAGCGCUGCUUUGGAAAGGAUGAUAGGAUUGUCGACUGCAACUGGGAGUAUCUCCAGACGCUGCGCACUUUGAAGAGCCCGCAGCCAAUGCCAAGGCUGCACGAUCUUUUGGAGUAUUUAACCACGCCAGGUCUUGAAGACAUUUGGAUCUUGCUUGAUAUCAAGCUACUGCUGCCGAGUCUGACAGACGCUAUGCUGGGAACUAAAACUGCCAAGAAGCUCGACGACUACGCCGAGGAUCUUUUCCGGGCGAUUGCAGCAACCUUGGCAGAUGCCAAGCCGUCAUCACGUCCAUGGAACGAACGUAUAUUGUUGGGAUGCUGGGCAGUGAGUCUAUAUGUCUACCUACGUCUUCUCAACCCUAAUCUUCGUUUAAAGGCAAAAUAUCUCCCUCUGUGUACAAAAUAUCUUCCCGAGUAUCCGAUCACUCACAUCGGAUUCAGCGUGGAUUAUGCGCGCCAGUUCCUCAAGGUUCCUCGCGUUGGUCUCAAUUUGUUCCAGAAACUUAUAGUCGGACCUCGUGGAGCAUCGUUGAUUCGAGAAGUGAAGCAACAAAAGGCUGAGCGCACGCUGCUCUUUUGGACCGUGAAUGAAGAAUACUGGAUGAAAUGGAGUAUCCGGCAAGAGGUUGAUGGCGUCAUCACGGAUGAUCCUGAGAAAUACCUAGAGGUUCGCAAAACUUAUGACAAAGACGAGGCGUUACGCCAGUCUUGGGCGUCCUGGAAGGGUAUUCUUGGAUGGCACUGGCACUUUGUAAAAUACGGGUUCUCUUUCAGAGUCAAGCAUGGUUUCUGGGUCAAUGUGCAAAAGGUUAGGAAGCAUUUAGAGGGCUGA